AUUUUCCGAACCCAACCCAACCCCUCUCUCUCUCUCCCCCUUCCUCCUCUCUCCUGCUGGUCUCUAUUUCUCCGAUUUAUAUACGAUUAUCUCCUCAAUUAGGGUUUUAAAAUUGAGCCAGGAAUCAUCUUCUGGUUCGAUUUUGUGAGUCGAGAUCGGCCAAACCUAACCAAUCAGGAGGGUUAAAAGAUGGAGUCUCAUGAUGAGACAGGAUGCCAAGCUCCAGAAGGCCCAAUUCUUUGCAUUAAUAACUGUGGCUUCUUUGGGAGUGCUGCCACCAUGAAUAUGUGUUCCAAGUGCCACAAGGACUUGGCCCUGAAGCAAGAACAAGCCAAACUUGCAGCAUCAUCCAUUGGAAGCAUUGUGAAUGGAAGCUCUAGUGGCAAUGGAAAGGAGCCCAUUGUUGCUGGUACCGUGGAUGUGCAAGCUGGACCAGUGGAGGUGAAGGCCAUUUCUACUGAAGCUUCCAAUGACUCAUCCUCAAACCAGAUCAUUGAGUCCAAGGUCAAGGAGGGACCAAAUCGGUGCACCGCAUGUCGAAAGCGUGUAGGUUUAACGGGUUUCAAUUGCAAAUGUGGUAACCUCUUUUGUGCAGUUCAUCGCUACUCUGACAAACAUGACUGCCCCUUUGAUUACCGGACUGCUGCACGGGAUGCUAUUGCUAAAGCCAACCCUGUUGUCAAAGCUGAAAAGCUCGAUAAAAUCUAAGUACCAUGGUUUAUGUCUGAAGUAAAAUGCUUCUCUUGUCAUCCAUGUGUCUUUGUCUAAGUUGGCUGCUUGUCUUGUUAGGUGUCCUUUAUUGAUACAAAUGGUUCAGGUUGUGAGAGUGAGGGCAUCUUUGCAGUCUAAAGAACUCUAUAUUCCUUGUUGAUUGGCGAGGAUUGGUAUGUUGGCUCCUGUGUGUAAGUCUUUAUUUGUGCUGGUUUGAUGAACAUCUUUGUGGUUACAUUGUAUUUUGCUCAACUGAUUGUUACGCAUUCUCUCUGGUAGUACAUGCUAAAUGGUAUUUGCCCCAUUUAUUAGUAUGAAAUACAUAUAUGUGUGUGUUAA